AUGGGCAGCCAGAUUUUGCAACCCCGAGGUGAAGCUCCCUUCGACCUUUACCCAUACACGCCAGCAGCUGCACCAGGAUGGGCGUUCCUUGUGCUGUUUGCAAUUGCUGGAGUGACACAUUUUGUGAUGAUGAUCCCAUUACGAUCAUGGUACUUUGUACCUUUCAUUCUAGGGUGUGCUGGUGAAGCUGGUGGUUAUUAUGGCCGGGCGUGGUCUCACGAAAAUAUCCGAAAUGGCAGUCCUUACCUCAUUCAACUGAUGUUGAUUCUUGCAUCAGCACCACUCCUCUCCGCAACGAUAUACAUGACAUUAGGCCGUUUCAUUCGAGGUCUGGAGGCAGAAGAUAAAGCUGUAAUACGACCAAGUUGGACAACGAAAAUAUAUGUCAUCAUCGACAUUGGCAGUUUCGUUUGCCAGAUGGCAGGCUCUGCAAUGCAAUCGAGUGGAGAUGCCGCAGGGGCCAAGUUGGGAAACAACAUUGUCAUAGGAGGAUUGGCUUUUCAGCUGGCUGCGUUCGUUGGCUUUGUGACUAUGACGAUGGUAGUUCACGUUCGCUUGAACAGAGACCCUACUGUCAUUUCGAGGCGCCCACAAAUCAAAUGGAGGCGGAACAUGUACAACCUGUACGCCGUAAGCUUGAUGGUCUUCGUGAGGAGUGCUUUCCGUCUGGUGGAGUUUACAGAAGGGCCAGAUGGUACGAUACACAAGAGGGAGAUAUUUCUCUAUGUAUUUGAUGCAGCGCUUAUGUUUGGAGUUACUGUAGCAAUGGCUGCUCUGCACCCGGGGUUCCUUCUUAGAACCAUCCGAAAGGACAAGAGUAAUGCUUUGGUUUCAGAUGGCAAUGACUCGUAUUUGCUUCAAGGCCAGUCUUUUAAGCAAAUUGAUUAG